CUUAGAGACGGUGCCGAUACACUUUAAAUUAAAUCUCACGAAGGAAUAUAAAUGAGCACAACUAUGUCAUUCGAUAAUAAUUGUGAGCAAAAUGUCGAGAAAAAUAACAACUCCAGAUUUCGUCGAUUCUUGUCACAGUUUGUGGCAACAAGCGUUAAAAAUCUUCUCAUGUUCAACAUGGGCCUAUGCAUUUUACUGCCGACGAUUAUAAUUCCAGCUGUCACCGGUAUUCACAAUGAACAUAAUCAGAAUGAAUUUCUUACAAUCACACCCGUUCAAGCAUCCUGGUUGGGUUCCCUGAUGUAUUUGAUUCAACCGAUUGGAUGUUUGAUGUCAGUGCCAAUCGCAGAUCCAUUGGGCCGUAAGCGGUCUAUGAUUCUUGUGAAUAUUCCAUUUGCCAUCGGGUGGUACACGCUUUACCAAGCGAGUACAGUAUCGCAUGUAUUCAUUGGCAUCACAUUUUUGGGAUUGGCCAUUGGACUAAUGGAAUCGGCAAUUGUGACUUAUAUAGGUGAAAUAUGCGAAGCUUCGUUUCGUGGUAUUUUGAUGAGUUAUUCGUAUAUUUGUGUUACAACUGGAAUGUUCAUGACUACGCUGCUGAAUACAAUGAUGGCUUGGCGAAUGGUGUGUCUUGCUGGUUUGACGUUGCCUGUUAUUUCAACUUUGGCACUAUUCUUCAUACCAGAAUCACCACACUGGCUCAUUUCAAAGAAUCGAACCGAAGCGGCCGAAAACUCACUCCAAUGGCUAAGAGGUUGGAUGUCGAAUGAAGCUAUAGCUCAAGAAUUCAUCAAUUUAAAGCGGCACAGUGAACGUUCUAAGUCGUGUGACACAUGCACCAAACAGGACUUGGAAUGCACUCAUCCUCUACCAACAAUGUCCGAAAAACUCAUCGAAUUGAAACGGAAACGAACGCUUAAGCCAUUAUUCAUCGUGAUUUCCCUAUUUUUCCUCGCUCAAUUUACGGGCAUGUUGGCCAUGAAACCAUUUUUGGUGCAAAUUUUCAAAGCUUACAACAGCCCCAUUCCAGCGGAUCAAGCGGCAGCGAUCUUAGGCACUCUUGAAAAUCUAUCAAAUGUGACUUUAAUGCUUUUGAUUUCGUUCACCGGCAAGCGACGAUUCUACCUCUUCGGUAUGUCGGUCACAUUGGCUUGUGUCACUACCAUCACAUGGUUUGGAUACACAUAUCUGCCGCCUGGUUAUAUUUCCUUCGAUCAAGCACAUCACGAACCAUUCCAGUUGGAGAACAAAGCACUUGGAUAUAUACCAUUUUUUUGCCUGAUCAUGUGGGCGUACUUUUCACUCGCUAGUCUCAUCACUCUUCCUUGGCUUUUUCUAUCCGAACUGUUUCCGUUUAAGUCUCGUAGCAUGACGAGUGGAGUCGCAGCAGCCACAAAUUAUGUCUUUGGUUUUAUGGCGAAGAAAACUUAUUACAAUCUCGAAACAAUGCUUUCGCUGAGUGGUGUUUCAUUGCUUUAUGCAUGCAUAUGCUUCGGCGGUCUCAUUUUGAUGUAUAACAUUUUACCCGAAACAGAGAAUCGAUCAUUAGAAGAAAUUGAACUUCAUUUUGCCGAUAAUUCCAAGAAAAUUACGGAUCGAAAUAUUGUAACCCACAGUAAAGAGGCCACGGCUGAACCUAUCAAGCAUGAAAAUACAGGCCAAAUCAUAGAAACAUUUGCUCCAGAUCGUAAAGUGUAUCUGUUAUCAAUGAAAUUAAAAACAAAAAUUUAAACGAUUUCAAGAUCUAAGACAA